AUCGGUGUAGCUCGUGAACACGCGGUUAUUUGUUUUUCACAGCUGUGCAUUUUACUCUUCUCUAUACUUUUUAAAUACUUGUUAGUUUUUAUAAAAAGGAAGAUAAUUAAUGUGCUGUAAUAUUUAAUAGCUACAUUAAAUAUUUUUUUAACAGAAAGUAAUAGUAUUAUCAUGAAAUAUUUUUUUUUUUAGUGAUACCAUAUGUUUGGAAAAUUUAACAUGUUUUCUCAUGUGCCGUUUAUUCUAUAAAUGUUUGCAGGCCUCGUGGACCAUAUAUUCUGAUAAUAUACAUCGAUAAUUAUUUUUUACAAUUAACUGUUAAUUAAUUUAUUGUUUUUUUACUUUUUCAAUAAAUAUUAUUAGUAAUAAAAUUACUCGAUGCAUUACAUUACAAUAUAAAUUAAUUUACCAUAAUAAAAUUGCAUUAUCUACCCAUUGUUUGUUUGCAAAAUAACUUUUUGAAAUUAUAAAUUGAUAUAAUUUGAGUUGCAAAAUAAAAUUUGGUUACUCGCAGUGAGUUAAUUUAUUUUCUAUAAAAUAAACAUAAAUAUAAUUAAAUUAAAACAAAAAGUGUUAUCAGUGGAACAAAAUUUUUUGUUAGUUUUUUGACAUCAAGAUGCAUACAUCUUACUGAUGCGGAUAAGCUUAGGGAAAUGUGGUGAAUGAUAGUAACACAGUGGGCACUAAUGGUAUUAUCCAUUUGUCAUUAAACUGGAAAGCAGUAAGGAGUUUGGUCAACUUAGUGGAACGAGGAAACUACUGCAAAGCGGUGGAAGUUGGUAGUGAUGCCGUGAUGGGGUGCGGCUCAAGCUCGUUCUUCCUGACCACAACCCUCGUGGGCGCACUUCUCUCGAUCUUCUUGCUGCUACAGACAUCCGGCGCGACGCGUUUACGACAGCAUGGCUCUACCGAUUUACCGAAAGGAGGUGGAUCUAUAAAUGAGGCAGUAUUUGCUCUUCGAGAUAGGCAAGAAGGAGGUCGACGAGGCAGAAGAACUACGACUAGUACAACUAGCAUAACCACCAUAACCACAUCUGCAACAUCCAUUCCUAUUCCUGACAACGUAGCACAGCCGGCGGCAUUACUAGCUCCCGAUGAUCAGACGUGGUUUGUCGCUUCAACGUCAACGUCGUCCAACUUUCCUAUUGUGGUAAAAAAUACAUCGAGACUACCCCCAUUGGAAAUUGUCAUAAAACCUCAGGCGAAAGUUGUCUUACCUUGUGAAUUAGGUGGGAACUACUCGAGACUGUUGCCAUUUACCAGCAGAGUGUCUUCUAGAAAUUACCGAAUGCGACCAGCAAAAUGGUUGCACAAUGAUUUACCAGUGGACAUGAUUACAAUAGACACUAGAACAGAGAUGAGCGGAACAGGUCAUAGGUACAUUGGGGAUUCCUCAACAGCUGCACUUCACAUUGACAGCGCGAGACUAGAGGAUGAUGGUAUAUGGAAAUGCACUAUUGAGAAUGACCAUGAAGAGCUACUCUCUGGAAGAACGGUCAAGCUCGUCAUCCUUGAAGCGCCUCGAGGGACUUAUCUGCUGAUAGAUGGCCGCCGCUUGGACCCGGGAAAUCAGUUCGUACCAGUCAAGGAAGGCUCGGAACUCACUUUGGAAUGUGCUGCUGAAGGAGGCAAUCCACCUUCGGUACUGUCUUGGGGAAUGACACUGUCACAAACCACAUCGGAAGGUCCUGAGCAACCGCCAGACAACCUGACAGUAGUACCGUCCACUCGUGCUGGUCACAGUGGAGCACAUCUCAAAGUUCAACGUGGACAUCACAAUGCCACCAUCAUCUGUACUGCUCGACACGUCACACUCAAUGUACCCAUGAAUGCUAGUAUUCUACUUGAUGUUCAAUAUACUCCGUCAUUUGCCAUAACACGUUUACCUGGAUUUGGAAAUCCCAUAUUCGAGGGGAUGGCUGUUAGUUUAAAAUGCGAUGUAGACAGCAAUCCAUCCAGUUUACCAAUUUGGCAGUGUGACAAUGAAGCACCACCAGUGGAACAAUCUGACGAUGGUUGGUUAAACUACACUAAGAUCAGCAGGAACGACAGUGGUUGGUACAAGUGUUACACCAGACAUACUCUUGGCGUUUUUUCAAGCAUUGGAUACUUUCUUGUUGUUCGAGCAAAUCCAGAUAUAGAAAUGGAAGCAGAAGCAUUAAAUGGAGAGGCGACAGACUCAAGAAAGAUGGAGGUGCAAAUUGGUGGCGCAGUUACACUUGAAUGCGACGGUGGUUGUUGGGGUCAUGGAUCGGCAAUGGAUCCAGCUGGAUCAGGACCAUUGGCUCUUAAUCGAGUAGUUUAUCAAGAUGCUGGAGAGUAUCGUUGUGUUGCACCAGACAAAAAAUUACAGGACACUUGGAGAGCCCAAUUACCUUAUCACAUUAAAGUUACAGAAACGUGUGAUGCAUACUAUUCCAAUCUUGUCUGCUUUGCCUUCGUGCGUUUGACGUCAAGACCAUGAGUAAGGCAAAGUAG